AUGUCAGCCGGACAAAGACAGACCGAGCCACUGCGUCGAAUCAUAACAACACAUGAUCCCAUAAGCGGCCGAGCUACCUUUUGCAACACGGUUGGGGAGCAGGUAUCGUUUACUGGGUUCCCUGUUCCCCCCGGCAAGCCCACAACAUCAAACUAUGCUCUUGCCUAUAGCACAACUACAUUUCCUGUGCAAGGGCUUUCCCCUCCAAGUUCUGCAAUCCCGAUGUCCAAAGCCAAUCUCGAUGUUAAGCACUAUCACUCUCGGCUCUCGGAUCCGUCACCUUUGAAUCCGUCAACUGGCACCAGCUGCACAAUCAUUGAGGUACCUCCGGGCUCGGCGGUCCCGAUGCACCGAACAGUGACCCUCGACUAUGGCGUCGUAGUUGAUGGCACUACAGAAUUGGUCCUUGAUUCCGGUGAAAAGAAAUCAAUGACAAAGGGUGACGUAUUUGUUCAACGAGGCACAGCUCACGCUUGGCGGAAUAUGACUGAAAAGCAUGACAACUCUGGUAUUUUACGUGUCUUUUUCGUGUUUCAACCUAUCGAACAGGUGCGGUUAGAAGGCGGAAAGGUAGUCGAUCAGGACUUGAAUUUGUCUCUGCGUGAGGCUUAA